CCCGGUUUGUAUGUCAUAUUGUGUCAAUUGUCUGGUGAAGUCCAGCAUGGUAGUUUGAUGUUAAUAGAGGAGCUGAAUUAAAAUGUUGUUCAAUGUCAUUCCUCUUUGGUUAAUGAUAUAAAUAGCGAGGACACAUUUAUUCCUGGGGUAACUGGCAUUACAUUUGAAUGCGUAGAAAUCCCCAACAAAAUGUGAUUGCACCCAACAAACAACCAGAAGGAAUGUUAGUGUAUAUUUGAGAAGACCUCCAUUGUCGAGGCUAAGAUGUUGAAGACGGAGGCCUCGGCAGAGAGGAAUACCCUGAGGAGCGCUUCCCCGCACCGAAAUGCCUACAGGACGGAGUUCCAGGCUCUAAAGAAGGCAUUUGACCAACCGAGACAAGAUGGAGACCCCAAACCCAAGGACCAGGACGGGGUCAGGCAGCCCCGAGGUCGGCAAUAUGGGGCCCAUGUCAGUCGCAUCAAGAACAUGUUCAUGCAAAUGGGGACUGAGGACACUGGGUCCAACAGACGAUCAAGGGAAGAGACCUCCCCACAGAAACUCAACAAGCCAACAAACUUCAUCAACAGGACAGAUGGGUCAGAGGUCAAGUUCCAGCAAGGGACUGGAGAGCGGACUGCCGGUGGCCCACAUAACAUAAAAUUCUCUGAAACAAGGAAACUCUUUGAGCAGAGCUCCAGAGAUGCUUCACAGUCACCCGUGUACUCUUAUGGCCGGGACAAGAGGGGUUCUCAUGAGCAUUUGGAUGACUGGCGGGGGGCGCGUUCAAACCGAGGCAGUACGGACUCUUUGGAUAGUCUUUGCUCCAGGACAGAUGCCUCAUCUCCCACUGUGAGUCAGCUCAGUGCUGUGUUCGAAAAUAUAGACCACCAGGGCUCCGGUGUUACUCUCAGAAAAGGCCACGGAGGCGGAAGAGGGCUGUGCUCCCCAGAUGGCUUACAGAGACAAGGGGAAGCCAGUGAGGACGACAGUGCACGACAGUCUCCAUCACAUGGUUUUUACAGGACACGAGUGGGUAGCAAGCACAAUCUGCCAGUUUCUUCAUCUUCAGAAGAUCUUCUUAGUCCUAGUCCUCUGUCGGAGACUGUGAAGCCUGAUGAGAAGAAGCCGCAGGAAACCCCAGAGUUGGUUGAUGGAUCCAGAGAGCCCAAACCAAAAGAUGAGGUAAAAUCAACCGAGGCCAUAGACGGUGCUUCAGCAGAGACUCAAGUCAAUGACACUGCAGGAAAUUCACAUGAGUCUACAGCUACCAAGGUCCAUGAGGACACAAGCGGUGAUGUGAAAGAGGAGUCUAGCCGGAUUACAGAGGAUCAAACUGAAGAACCAAAUGAGGAAUACAGUGGCAAUGAGAGAGUUAUUUUCAAUGCUGAUGGAGAUGCUUGCUACCAGGGCUGGGGGGAGAGCUGCACCGACCCCGAGGAUGACCUGUAUGAUGAUGAUCUUUCCUAUGACCCAGGAUCAGAGAUUACAGAGAUUCCCGGUCUUCCAGAGGAGGAAAAGGAGGCUGUUCCCCAAAAAAGAAAAAUUAGAUUCAGCUCUACUCCCAUCAAAGUGUUCAAAACCUACUCCAAUGAAGAUUACGACCGGAGGAAUGAAGAGGUGGACCCAGUGGCAUCCUCAGCUGAGUAUGAGCUGGAGAAACGGGUGGAGAAGCUGGAACUUCUCCCUGUGGAACUGGAAAAAGAUGAGGACGGCCUGGGCAUCAGUAUUAUAGGAAUGGGGGUCGGCGCUGACGCAGGCCUGGAGAAGCUGGGCAUCUUCGUCAAGACUGUCAUAGAGGGUGGAGCAGCAGAGAGAGAUGGAAGAAUUAAAGUGAAUGAUCAAAUCGUGGAGGUUGACGGCACCAGUCUGGUGGGAGUAACUCAGAGCUUCGCUGCUUCUGUCCUGAGAAACACACAGGGAGUGGUUAGGUUUGUGAUUGGCCGAGAGCGUCCGGGACAGCAGAGCGAGGUGGCACAACUCAUCAGUCAGACACUGGAGCAGGAGAGACGUCAGAGAGAGAUGAUGGAGCAACAGUACGUCCAGUAUGAUGCUGAUGAUGACGAGACAGGGGAGUAUGCCACUGAUGAGGAGGAGGAGGCAGGCCAGACGGGAACAGACAGAGAUGUGGCCAUUGAGGUUUUCGAUUUACCUGAAAACGAGGACAUCAUCUCGCCAUCAGAACUGGAUGCCACCAAACUUUAUCAGAAGUUUCGAGAGCUGCAGAUUAAACACACUGUCACUGAAGCUGAGAUCCAGAAACUCAAGAACAAGCUGGCUGCAGUGGAAAAAGAGAAGUCAAGGUGGGAGAGAGAGAAGACGCAGCUCAAGCAAAGCAUUGAGGACAAUAAGGAGAGGAUGCUAAAACUGGAGAGCUAUUGGAUUGAGGCUCAGACUCUGUGCCAUACGGUCAAUGAACAUCUGAAGGAGGCCCAGAAUCAGUAUCAGGCCCUGGAAAAGAAGUACAACAAGGCCAAGAAGCUCAUUAAGGACUUCCAGCAGAGAGAGAUGGAGUUUGCUCAUAGGGAGGAUGCAGAGAAGCAGAGGCUGGAGGAGGCGGAAAAAACUCAUUUGACUGAAAUCCAGAGUCUUCAAGUUAGGAUUGCUACAUUGGAGUCAGAGCUGAUGCAGCUGAUGAAGCAAAAUGGCAUCCAGGUAAACAACAACAACAACAGCGCUGAGAGCCGAGCCCAGCUGACUGAGAGACUGACAGCCUUACAGUGUCAGAGGAGAAGUGUUGCUGGAGCAGAUCUGUUUUUUGUGCUAGAACUGGACGAGCUGACAGGAACCAGUGGAACUCACCCUGAGAGAAACGAGAGGGGCUCUGGGCCUCAAUCCUCCAGGGUGGCUUGUGCCUCAGAGGCCAGGCUCAAACACCCGCAGCCUCAGGGACCUGAUAAUGAAGGCUCUUCAGCAAGUCGUGAUGAUAAAUCUGGCAAAAAACUUCUAGACUUGGGAUCUUCUCUGAGGAAGAGUCAAGGGAAAAAGCAGGAUCCAAAAGGAUCUCCUGGUAAAAGCUCCACAGGACCUUCAACAGAGAACAGUCCUGAAACAUGCAAGAGCAAGGGUCCUGGUGUCACUGAUGACCUCAGCCUCAGCAGCACCAGCUCCACAGAGGUCAGUGGCCUCCUGACCGAUGCUAAGAUGUCCAGCCGAUCGCAGACACUAAUGCUCUCCUCAGAUGAGAGUGUGGAUAUGAUUGAAGAUGAGAUUCUAGAUGACGGUCCUCCUCCGAAGCCGUACCAGUGGCAGAACCGCAGCGUGACUGAAUGGACAUGUCAACAGGUGUCAUGCUGGCUCAUGGGUCUGAACCUGGAACAGUAUGUCUCUCUUUUUACUGCCAAGAAUGUGGAUGGAGAGCAGCUGCUCAAGCUGGACAGCACAGCACUCAAGGCUCUGGGUGUAGAGUCCUCUCAGGAUCGGGCUCUCAUAAAGAAAAAGCUGAAGGAUCUGAAGGUGUUGAUAGAAAAAACUCGGAGAAACAGAGAAAAAAUGGAGAAACAGCGCAAGAAGGAUCUGGAGCAGAAUCAGAAACAGGGCCGGAAGAAUAGCUACUCCUCCGGACCAGGAGAGGGCGCUACUGAAUAACACUAAUCACCUUACUACUAUCUCACCAUUAUAAGUACAGAUGAGUUCAGCAUUUCACAGGACUGAAAGUUCAUUGCAAAAGGGGCUUAUUGCUAUUGAGCUGCCAUUGGAUGAAUUGAAACCAAAAUUUCUAAAUAUGGAUUUUGUUACUUUUACUGAACAAUAUUCAGGGUUUUUUUCUCGUUUUAGCAGAAUGAUAACUGCUUUUUUGGUUUCCUGUGUUUUACGUCCGACUAAUAUCUAUUUAUUUGCAUAUGGAGAAUAUGUAUAUAUUGAACCAGAGCAUAUCAGCUCAUAACUCAUCGGUUAAAAACUCUGCAUUACAAGCACCUUUAGACAUUGAGACAUUGCACAUAUGCAGAAAGCAUAUAUAUGAAUAUGUCUAACGUGCCAUAGUUUGUUAAAAAAAAUGUGGAAAGUUUUAAAACGAUGGCUUUGAAAAAGCACAGGUCUGAGAGAUAGUCUGAGAGAUCUCUUCACCUCAAAGAGUUUGAGUGCUGCUCACAAGAACCACUACAGUCGGAUUCACUGGCAAACACAAACCUUACUGUGAGAAGAAAGCCAUUCUGGGUAAUGAGAUAUCACGGACCCUCAUUGUGAAUAUUUCACUGUAUAAUUCGAACCUCCUGUUUGGAUCUCCUUCAUCGACCUGCCAGAAUUCAAGAUGAAUACAACUGAUGUGUAUGUUCUUCUCCGAGCUUGAAUCCUCCUAAUGAUCUUUGGAAGAAAAAUGGUAGCAAGGGGAUACUAAACAAUUUUUCAGGAGUCUGCCGUUUUAAACUCUUCUCUAAAGAUGCAAGACUUGUACUCUAAAAGAAAAAAAGACCCACUGCUGCUUCUAUUUCACAGCUACCUGCUUCUAGCCCUCUCCAUCGCCCUGAGCUAGAUUCUCAGUUAGACCCAAGUGCUGCCUUUUGAAGUGCUGUUUAGAUUUUUAUUUUAUUUUUAUGGUUUGAGGUUACAGUCUGGAUCACACCGAUUGUGUGAAUGCACCUCUGUUUUACCGGCAUCCAAAUGUUGUAGAGCAGAUGACAAAUGUGCACUUAAAACGGACCUAUCUACAGUAAACUACCAGUCAAAUGUUUGGGGACAGUAGGAUUUUUAAAGAAAUGAAUGUGUUUAGUCAGCAAGAAUGCAUUACAUUGAUUUCUAUUUCAAAUACAUGCUUUGCUUAGGAACUUUUAUUCAUCAAAGAGCUCAAAAUGUAAAACAUUUUCCAGAAAAACUCAACUGCACAACUGUUUUCAGUAUUAAUACUAUUAGUUGUUUGUUGACCAGCAAAUCAGCAUAUUGAAAAUGAUUUCUGAAGGAUCGUGUGACUAAAGACUGGAGUAAUGAUGCUGAAAAUUCAGCUUUGCCAUCACAGGAAUAAAUUAUAUCAUUAUUAAGAGUUAUUUUAAAUCGUAUUAAUAUUUAACGAAAGUAUUGUUUUUACUCAAUUUUUAGUCAAAUAAAUGCAGCCUUGAUCAGCAUAAGAGACUUCUUUAAAAAAAAAUCUUACUGACCCCAAACUUUUAAACCAUAGUGUGUUAUUUUAUCAGGCUAGAUUUUAUUCAGUUUAUCCUAGUGUUGUUGUUGUUGUUGUCUUUCAGUUUUUUGACAGAUUCACACAGCGAGCACCAUAACAUAGUCUUUUGUAAUGUAAAUUACUGCAUAGAGUAAUCAGUAUCACCUCUAUCAGUUUAUCCUGGGUUGUAUUUUUAAAUUUAUGCAAUACAUUUCACAUAUGUAUCAACUGUAAGUGUACAAAACACAGUAGCCUGCAGACAUUGUUUUGCAUUUUAGAAUCCACUCUGAUGAGUGACAUUAACCCAGUUUAACCCACAUUCUAUUCACUGCCCAAUUUUAUCAGUCCGUAUCAUAUUUUUCUCAAUUCUGCAUUUUUGUAAACAUGCUGUUUUUCUCAUCCAGGGUGAGACAUAUCGUUCAUGUAAACAUUUGAAUUAGUGAUUAUUUCCAUAGCAACACGAAGGCAGCUUCAGUGGUACUUGGGCACUGUACAGAGGACAUUAGGCAGUGCCUCAUGACCCUGUGGAUUUAUUACAAGCACUCAGAUGUGACUCCAUUGAAGAUUAUAUUAUUGUCAACUACUGAAUUAUUUAUCUCUAAUCAUUUUAUUAGCCUAUUUAUUGUUUUCCCAAUCAAAGAAAUGUUUGUAAGUCAGUUCACAUUAUUUAUGAAGCAAAAAAAAAAAAAAAAUACUACCAAAAAAACGUAAUUGUAAUCAAAAAGUGGAGAAUUAGGGGCUUGUAUGUUUGUUCAUUUACUCACCAUGCUCUUGUGAACAUAUCUUUAUUAUUGUAAUUGCAAAAAGUCUUAACAUUAUGAAAACCUUUGUAGCCCUCUGCUAUGAAUCACCUGAAAAAAUAUCCUGCUGUAGAUCCAAAUCUAACCUGCCUACCCGUUUAUGAUAUACUUACUUUUGUAUGUGAAAGUUAAGCAAUAGCUUUUAAUCCCGGCGUUUUUUAUCCAUGAGGAGACCGAAGACCGGGUCUGUCUGUUUGAAUGUGUCUGCGAGCAGGGAUAAUCAGGUACGGAUCUGAGGACAGAAAUCUGCUUCUCUUUCAUGGGUUAUUUGUUGUUUUCAUUGUAUGGCAGAGUCAGUCAGGGGAUAUAGAGGAACUGCACGCAACACCUGAGAAAAGAGCAUUAACCUGUAUAUUUUUUGUUCAUCAUACCCGCAUGAGGGACCUCAAUGUGCCAUACCCCUUCUUUCCAAAACUACUAAAUUCUGUCUUUUAUAAAUUAAAAGCCUUGUGAAAGUUUGUCAUGUUGGACUGUAAAUACACUUCAAAUGACAUAUUUGGUCAGAGAAAUACAGUGAAAGAUCAUUCCAA